AUGGACUCAGAAAGUACACAGAAUGAUGAAUUCAGAUAUCAGGACGACAGAAGAUAUCAUAACGUAGAAGGUGCUAUAUAUCCUAUGCCAAAUGAUGAAGACGAGCAAGAUAGGCUACAUCUACAACAUUUCUUGAUGAGAUAUCUCUGGCAAAGCAAUUUUUCUGCACCCAUCGACCAAAUAUUGAAUACACCAGGUGCCCAAAUCCUCGACAUCGGAUGUGGUGCAGCGUCAUGGUCAUUUGAUAUGGCGACCACGUAUCCAGCGGUUGAAAUUUUUGGUGUAGAUAUAUCUCCACUCCAACCUACACAAAUAAAGCCAAAGAAUUUCACAUACGUUAAAGCAAAUAUCUUAGAAGGACUACCAUUCGAAGAUAAUACUUUUGAUUAUGUAUAUCAACGAUUUAUGCUUUAUGCAUAUACCAAAGAUGAUUGGCCAACAGUAAUGAAUGAGCUUGUUAGAGUUUUAAAACCAGGUGGAUUCUUAGAGUUGAUGGAACCAUCUCCAUACCUUUUUAAUGUUGGACCGGUUAAUGAACGCUUAUGGGAUGCCCCGCCGGUGAAAAAUCGAGGCGUAGACCCGGAUAUAUAUCAAACAUUAGAGAUUUAUCCACAAAAUCAAGGUCAACUAGAAAAUGUUAAAAAGGAAGUAAAAACUAUCCGUCAUGGUGUAAAUGCCGAUAACGACCAACUUAAUAAAGUGGGUAUUAAUAAUUUAAUUUCCAUAGCGGCUGGUAUGAAAGCCGUUACAACAAAACUAUUGCAAAUUUCGGAUGAUGAUUAUGAUGAGAUGCUUAAGGAAGCAAAAAAAGAAUUAUAUGAAUCUGACUCUUAUUAUUAUUUGGUUCGUGUCUAUGCAAGCAAAUUAGUAAAUAAUAAUCAAACAAUAAUUCAAGAGUAA